AUGAGGGCUGACGUGAGAAUGAGAUUGGUGGCGCUUCCUGUUGAUCCUGUUGGUGUCAUUCAACUACAAAAAUUACUGACUAAAACUAUACCAAAAAGAAAUCAUUUGAAUUUUCCUAAACCUCUUAGUAAUCUUAACAAUAGCACACAUAGAAAUAGAAUUAAAAGAGCGGCUGAAAAUUUAUUCAGUAGUUUUGAAGCCAAAAAAAAUAAGAUUUGGCAUUCUAAAGAUAAUCCUAAACUUAAAGAAAUAAUAUUAGAAGCAGAUGAACAACCGGACCUAACAACUUCUUCACAUGACUUGCCAAAAGAAUGGCUAGUCAGUAAGGAAAAAAGCAAUAUUGACAAAAUAAUGCAAAGGUAUAUUCUACUGUUAAUAUAUGAUAUAAAAACCACUGAUGACUUUGAUAAUGAAGAACAUACGUUAGAAAAAGGUGGUUAUCGUAAUAUAUCAGUAGUUAUCCGAUUUCUUAUACCAAAACUCAUUAGAGAUAAGGUUCUUAGUUAUAAAGAUCCAACACUGCACUUGCGAAUCUCGGGCGAUGGAAGAAAUGCUAGAAAAAAAAUAAAGCACGUGAUGCUUACAUUAGCAAUCCUCAAUGAUCAAAAAAAUCUAAUGAAACCAGACAAUCACUAUACAAUUACCUUAUUUUCAGGAAAAGAAAAUUAUACUUCGCUUAAAAUUGCUUUAGAACUGAUUAAUAACGAAUUACAAGAGUUGUGUGAUUUAGAUCAAAAUUGGACAAUAACCAAACAAAUAGACCAAAUUAAAGAAAAUUAUCAAAACUUCCCAGCAUUAAAUGAAUGCAAAAAUAAUGGCCAUUUUAUAAACGAAAUGAGAGAAUUAAUCUGUGAAAAAAUGAGUGCUAUUGGAGUAAAGUUUGAUUUUUGGCAAGAUCAAGAAAUGAAAUUGUGGAAAUUUACCUCUUUAAUGGGAUUUUGUAAACUUUACCAAAUGUUAGGUCAAGACAAGUUAACAGGAAAUAUGUUUCAUAACAAAGCUCAUGAAUGGUUAGAUACAUUUCUAACACCUUCACAAACCAUUCCCAGCACCAAUACAAUAGACAAAGGAUUAUAUACUCCAAGUGAUAUAACUCCUUACAUACACGUUCUAGUAUAUCAUGUUCCUGAAUUUCAUGAUAUACAUUCGCGAUGGAGACUUGGAGCUUUUUCCUGUCAACCAGUUGAAAAAAAGAAUCAUCAGCACGUAUCAACUUUUUUUACAAAAACGUUAAAAGAUGGUGGUAAAAAGGACUUUCAAAAAUCGGCCAUAUUGGAAAUAUUGGAAAUAGAAAAUAGGGCGCUAUAUUUUUGGCGUUUUGAUGAAGCCUUAGCAUUUUCUAAAUAUAAAAAAAUUAAUAUCAUUGAUUCUA